UAGCCCAGGCUUAUUUUGAACCCUUUGGUCUUCCUCUCCCUGGUUCUGGGUUCGCAGGUGUGUGACUUCACACCUGGCCCAUCCUCUAGCUUUUUGAUUAAUUACACUGCUUUUAUGAGCUCAGGAAUGGCUUCCUGACGCUGCAGGGUCGCUUUUCCCCCUUGAGUUUAAUGAGCAUGCCCCCCUUUCUACCAGCCUGGUGCCCCAACCUGGGGAAAGUAACUGCAAACCCUACUUUGUUUCAUCUUGUCCAACUUUAGGAAAGUCAGAAUUGCCAGUGUUGGGGACAGCUCUUGCUAAGGAGAAAGCUAGAGGGUGAGUCGCUAGCCUACCAGCCGGACUCUCCUCUCUCUCCCCUGUUUCUCUUUCUCCCGCGCUCGCUCUUCCUCUUAGACCUGGCUCGAGUAGCUGUUGUCAUAGAGACGGAGCUUGGUUGGCAACCGUCACUAGGGAGCGAGGACAAGAGACGCUGGCAGCCGCUUAGGAUUCCCAGAGGCAGGACGACCCCGGGCUUUUGGCGAACAAAGUGGGGAAACGUCCCUGUAAGUACGAAGUGGAGAUCACAGCUCAGGAAGGACCCUGAGCGGCUGCUUCCGUGUAUUUCAGUAUGUUAGUAUAUGAGGAAGCUCAAGUGGGAAGCAGAGGGGCCUGCUAAAGCUACCUCAGAGUUUCUCCAGUGGAAACUACAGAAGAAUGUCAGAUUCAGAAAAAGAAGAGGAGAAAUAUAAUCCAAGUUAUAAAGAGGAAGAUGUGCAACAGGAGCUGGCGGACAAUCUGUCAUGGGAGGGGUUUCAGGUGGAGGAAGAGGGACUGGAAAGGAGAUGGAUAGAGGAGGAGGAACAGAUAGAGGGAGGAGAGGAAGAAAGAGAAGAUCAAGAGAAAGGGGAAGAAGAGAAAGAAAUGGGGGGAGAAGAAGAGAUGAGAAGUGAGGAAGAAAUAGGAGAAGAGAUGGGAGGUGAGGAAGAAAUGACAGAAGAAGAGAUGGGAGGUGAGGAAGAAAUGACAGAAGAGACAGGAGGUGAGGAAUCGGGGGUGAGAGGUGAGGAAGAGAGCUGGGAGGAAGAAGAGAGACGUGAAGAGGAAAAAGGUGAGGAAAAGGGAGUUGAGAAAAAGGGAAGUAAGGAAGAAGGAGUUGGGGAAGAGGAAGAGGAGAAGGGGGAAAGACAGGAAAAAAAAGAGCAGAAAGAGCAAAGUGGAGAGCAGGAGGAAGAGGAGAAGGAGGAGGAGGUGGAGGAGGAAGUUAUUGACAUAAAAGAAAUUGAGGAAGAACUUGGAAAACUCCAGGAGGAAAUGUCAAAGAGGCAUGAAAAACCAUUUGGGGUGGAGGAUAUCAUGAGCUCUGAGUCAUCCCCAUCAGGAUUUUCAUCGCGUGAACUCUCAGACAGUAACAAGUCAUCCCCCCACUCCGAAAGUCCUCAAGUGAGUGAGCUUUUCAGAGAUGGUAGAGUUAAGAGAAAGUCUGAGGAGUCACAGAGGAGGUCACUGGGGAAAUCUGAGGACGCUGACCAAAAGCCAGAAGACAUUUCAGCCCAAGAACAGAGGGACACAGAACCAAAACAGGAAGAUGUUUUCAAAAUGGCAAAAUUUGGGCGACCUUCCAUCCUUCUGGCAGAGGAAGCAAGAAGAAAAUCUCCCUUGGAAUCAGAGAGCUCUGAGGAGUCACUGGUGUCCAUCUCCACAGAGGACGCCUUGUUCCAGAAGGAAGAGGGGAGCAAGGUGUACCCUUUGUCUAUGACCUGGUCCUAUGGAUGGAACAAUUCCCUCCCUGUCUUCUACCUCCGGGAGAACCAGAGAGUCCUUCUCUACGUUUGUGGUAACACCGCCGUCAUCUACAGCUGGGUCAGGAACUGCCAGUACCACCUUCAGGGCCACCCGAACAUCAUCUCCUGUCUCUGUGUCAGCGAAGACAGGCGGUGGAUUGCCACAGCAGACAAAGGACCAGACUGCCUCAUCAUGAUAUGGGAUUCCUUCACAGGAAUCCCCGUACACACCUUAUUUGACAGCUGUCCAGAAGGCAAUGGCAUAAGGUCAAUAGCCAUCACCCGUGAUGCCAAGCUUCUGGCCACCAUCUCAGAUGCUGAAAUACAGAAAGUGUGCAUCUGGAAGUGGACCUUGGCGGUGGAGACUCCUGCUUGCACUCUUGAGCUCCCCAAAGAAUAUGGCUUCCAGACCUACCUCAUCUUCAACCCAGAGAACAAUAACGAAAUGGUGAGCAACAGCAAGACGCAGGCCAUCUAUUAUUACUGGCUUGAAGAGAAGGGCAUCCUUGCCCACAGUGCCCCGAUUUUAACAGAGAAAACAUUCAACAAACUCGUGGGGAAAUUUAGCCAGUCUAUCUUUCACUCGAAUUUGUCCCAAAUACUGUCGGCAACGAAGGAAGGGAAGCUGGUUGUCUGGGACAUCCACCACCCGCCGGCGUCCUCCUCCACUCUGGCCUUACCUUUCAUCAAGCCGUGUAAACUGGUCCACUUACAGAAGGAGGGCAUCACCGUGCUCACCUCAGUCGACAGCUACAUCGUCAUAGGUGACGUCAAGGGUAACAUUAAGUUCUACGAUUUCAACCUGUCCGUGGUCAACUGGUACAGCAACCUCAAACUGGGCCCUAUCGGGAUUCUGUCCUUCUCAAAGACCCGGGCGGGGCCUCCCACAGAGAAGUCCAUCCUCCCCACAGACUGCACUCUAAAAGGCGACCCGUUCAUUAUCAGGAACAUUAUCAUCGGGACACUUGAUGCCACUGUGUACCACUUGACAGCAGACGGCACCAAACUCGAGAAGCUCUUUGUGGAGCCCAAGGACGCCAUUUAUGCCCUGUCCUGCCACCCAUACCAACCCCUCAUUGCCAUUGGGAGUGUCUGUGGGAUGAUCAAGGUGUGGGACUACAAAAAGAAGGUCUACCUGUUCAGCAGGGUCUUCGAGAAGGGGCUCGGCGUCCAGAGCCUGGCCUACAACCCAGAAGGAGUUCUGCUUGGAGCUGGAUUCACUGAAGGGACAGUAUAUAUUCUUGAUGCGAUGUCUUUAGAAAAUGAAAGCUCAGAACCCUUCAAAUAUUCCAGAACCAGCGUGACCCAUGUCAGCUUCUCACAUGACUCCAACUACAUGGCGACUGCUGACAUCAGUUUCACCGUGGCCGUGUAUAUAGUGGUGGUCAAAAAUGGACAGAGGAUCUGGGAAUAUUUGGCAAGACUUCGCUCUCACCAAAGCAACAUCCGAAGCCUCCUGUUCGGGGUUCACCUGGACAGCAACGAUCCCAGGCUGCUGAGCCUCGGGAAGGACAGGUUCUUGAUAGAGUACAACCUCACCAAGAGCUACAGAGACCACCUGGAGGUCCUGGACAUUCACCGAACAGACCAGGGCAGCUACCCCACCUGCAUGAUCUGGUACCCCCCGCUCACCAAGGAGCUCUUCCUGCUCAUCUGCAACAGCGGCUACAAAGUGAAGCUUUUCAACUCCACCACGAAAAUGUGCAGAAAGACACUUCUUGGACCGGCUUAUGGAUCUCCUAUUGAGUACGCGCAGGUGCUCCCAGCAAAAUCUACGCUUGAGCUGCAGAAGCGCUACUUGGUGUUCAUUAACAAAGACAAGGUUGGACUCCAGAUCUUACCAAUCGACGGCAACCCCCACAAAACAUGUGCUAUCAUUUGCCAUCCGAAUGGGGUGGCGGGGAUGGCCCUUUCCUACGACGGCACCUAUGCCUUCACAGCAGGAGGCCACGAUUCCUCAGUGGUGCAGUGGCAAAUCAACCUGAGUGCCCUGGACGCAGCCGUUUCUCUUGGCGGUGAAGACUUGACCCCAUUCUAUGGUCUGGUGUCUGGUGGCAGGGAAGGAAAAUUCUACAGGGAGCUGGAGGACUAUUUUUACUAUUCUCAGAUCCGCAGUCAAGGUAUCGACACGAUGGACACCAGGCAAGUGUCGGAGCACAUCAGCCUGUCGGAGCUUCCUUUCGUCAUGAGAGCGAUCGGUUUCUACCCAUCGGAGGAGAAGAUUGAUGACAUGCUUAAUGAGAUCAAGUUUAGCGAAUAUGUGACCACCGGGAACCUGAUCGACAAAAUCAACUUGCCGGAUUUCCUCAAAGUUUAUCUUAACCACAGGCCGCCAUUUGGCACCAACAUGAUGAGCAUUCAGGAAAGCUUUGACGUGCUCGGUUUCACCAAUUCCGAAGGGAAAAAGGCCAUUCGGAGAGAGGACUUCCUGAACCUGCUCCUCACCAAAGGUGAGCACAUGACAGAGGAAGAGAUGUAUGACUGUUUUGCGACGCUGUUUGGCCUGAAUCCCGAAGGAUGGAAAUCGGAGCCUGCAGCCACCUCCCACAGAGAACCAGAACUCUGCCUCGAAGAAGAACUUCCAGACGAAAUCACUGCAGAAAUAUUCGCGACUGAAAUUCUUGGCUUAUCCUUUAAUGACGGUUCUGGACAGUUUUCUCAGUGAAGUCCUGAAGAAGGCUGGCAGCACAAAGCUCUCUCUCUCUGUGUGUGUGUGUGUGUGUGUGUGUGUGUGUGUGUGUGUACGUGUGUGUGUGUGUACGCUUGCCAAUUUGCCAAGAGGUGUUCCUCUUUUCUGCCCGUGCCCACCCCACCCCCAAUCCUCAGAGCACUUAGACAUUAAAAGUAAACUUCACAAAGCUAGGCAUUGUACUGUCUGUGAAAGAGAAGAGCAGGUGGAGGCGAGAACAGGCCAGGCAGCCUGAGGGGCCUCAGCCAGUGGCAGGCCUUCCUCAUGACAUGUCCACUCCAUGGCAGUCCUAGACAGCCACUCAUGCCCUUCCCCUGGAGUGCUGCCUGUACCAUCGGCCCCUGCUGCUGGGAGGAGGUGUCCGGGGCUCCUGGGAGUGCCACACUCUCUUCUUUCUUGGCAAAACACCCACCCGUGUGUGGCUGUCACAGCAAGCAUCACCGCUGGCAACUGCCAAAGGAAAUGCAGAAACAGCCUGGGUCCCAGAAGCCACACAGCGCUGCCCCUUUUUGGUGCAAAUGACAAGUGCGGCCCCACCACCUCACGGUCCGCCGGGCUGCAGUGCGCGCAGGGGCAGGAGCAGGGCCAUUAGAGGACACCUCCAGGUCACAGCAACGUGUGGUUCCCGCACUGUGCUACAAGUGAAAGCUGUGGUCUGCGUUAGAGUUUUAGAGCUUUGCCCUCAGGUCUGAGGUCUCGUUCCAGCAAGCGUGCCCAGCGAUACCCGUCCAUCACGGUCCAGCAUACCUGCCCUCCCCCGCCAGAGCCUUCCCAGACAACAACAUUAAGAAAAUGGUUCUUUUUUUGGGGGAUGGGGUG